CGCCCUAGUCUGACUAGGGGAAGGUUUUCUUACCUGACGACAGGGGAAUCUCCCGAGUCGAACUCAGCUUUAUCAAAGCCCCAGGUGUGACUUGAGCAGUGGACAGGGGAGCGGUGUGAAGGCUGGGUUAUUUUUAUGAGGGAGCCCUAAAACUCCUCACUUUCUCCAGGAACUUUCUGCGCCAGGACCCAGAGACGAGCGGUUGGUAUUCAACCACAGGAACCACCCGCUAUAUAGCAGGGCAGUUGGGCAGUCAUUGGUAACCUCGCUCAUUCAUUAGAAUCACGUAAGAACUCAAAGGGAAGCGUGUCUCUCGGAGUGAGGGCGUUUGCGUAAAUCUAUAGGUUUUUCAACACGGAUGCCAGUUGCUUUGUCUUCUGUAGUCGCCAAGGUGGUUGAGAGUUUAAGCUUGCGGAUAUUGCAAAGGGUUAUUAGAUUCAUAAGUCACACCAAGUGGUGGGCGAUCCACUGAGCAAAGCCGAACUUCUCACAUGAUGACUUCAAACAAGACACAUUACCUUCCAGCAUCUGUUGGGGAGACGGGAUUUUAAGACACUUGAGUCUCCAGGACAGCAAAGGCACAAUGUUCCACCAGGUGAGAAGAGUGAUGACCAUCCUUUUCCUUACUAUGGUUAUUUCAUACUUCGGUUGCAUGAAGGCUGCCCCCAUGAAAGAAGCCAGUGUCCGAGGACCAGGCAGCUUGGCUUACCCAGGUGUGCGGACCCAUGGGACUCUGGAGAGCGUGAAUGGGCCCAAGGCCGGUUCAAGAGGCCUGACGUUGGCUGACACUUUUGAACAUGUGAUAGAAGAGCUCCUGGAUGAGGACCAGAAAGUCCGGCCCCAUGAAGAGAACAGUAAGGACGCGGACUUGUACACCUCCCGGGUGAUGCUCAGUAGUCAAGUGCCUUUGGAGCCUCCUCUCCUCUUUCUGCUCGAGGAAUACAAAAAUUACCUGGAUGCUGCAAACAUGUCCAUGCGGGUCCGGCGCCACUCUGACCCCGCGCGCCGCGGGGAGCUGAGUGUGUGCGACAGCAUUAGCGAGUGGGUGACGGCGGCGGAUAAAAAGACUGCAGUGGACAUGUCGGGCGGGACGGUGACGGUCCUGGAAAAAGUCCCCGUAUCGAAAGGCCAACUGAAGCAGUACUUCUACGAGACCAAGUGCAAUCCCAUGGGCUACACAAAGGAGGGGUGCAGGGGCAUAGACAAAAGGCAUUGGAACUCUCAGUGCCGAACUACCCAGUCGUACGUGCGGGCCCUCACCAUGGAUAGCAAAAAGAGAAUUGGCUGGCGAUUCAUAAGGAUAGACACUUCCUGUGUAUGUACAUUGACCAUUAAAAGGGGAAGAUAGUGGCUUUAUGUUGUAUAGAUUCUAUGGAGACAAAAAUUAUCUAUUUGUAUAUAUACAUAACAGGGUAAAUUAUUCAGUUAAGAAAAAAUAAUUUUAUGAACUGCAUGUAUAAAUGAAGUUUAUACAGUACAGUGGUUCUACAAUCUAUUUAUUGGACAUAUCCAUGACCAGAAGGGAAAGUCAUUUUGCGCACAACUUUAAAAAGUCUGCAUUACAUUCCUCGAUAAUGUUGUGGUUUGUUGCCGUUGCCAAGAAUUGAAAACGUAAAAAGUUUAAAAAUAAUAAUAAUAAAUUGCAUGCUGCUUUAAUUGUGAAUUGAUAAUAAACUGUCCUCUUUCAGAAAACAGACAAAAACAAAAAACAACAAAAAUUUGAACCAAAACAUUCCGUUUACAUUUUAGACAGUAAGUAUCUUCGUUCUUGUUAGUACUCUCUCUGUUUUACUGCUUUUAACUUCUGAUAGCGUUGGAAUUAAAACAAUGUCAAGGUGC